AUGGUUUUACGGCAACUUGCAGACCUUGAACUGCUGUAUGCACGGGGUGAAUUUAGUCCAUAUGUUGCUGAUAAUCCACCACAUCAUAUUGACGAAUGCAUCAAAUAUGCCCAAAGGGCACUCGCUCUGGAUGACACGGAUGGGUCUUGUUUAUAUAUCUUAGGAAGUGCAUAUUUCUCUUCCUUUAUUCUGGAUGGAGGAUGGAAUCAUGAUAAUACUCUACGGUCAUUAGAAGCUUAUGAAAAAGCUGAGAAAACUCAUGAAAUGAAGUCAAACCCUGAGCUUCAAUACGAUUGUGGCAUUGUGAAUAGAUUUCUGGAGAACUACAACAAGUCCCUCAUUUGUUUAUCAGAUGCUGCAAUAACGGAUCCUUCUCUUGAUGUUUUACAUCAACUGAAAAUGACGGUCCAGCUUCUUGACAAAUUAGAAGGAUUAGUUCAGGGUAAGAGUAAUGACAAGAGUAAGGGGAAGAUUAAGGGAAAGAGUAAAGGAAAGAGUAAGGGGAAGAGUAAGGGAAAGAGUACGGAAACGAGCUUAUCUUCCCUGAUCCAGUCACUUGAUACUAUUGAUUUGAAUCUUUCAUACAACAGAGCAACCUUGGAUGUCUUAGCUGAAGGCCCUAACAAAGGGCUUGCAAUUAUAGGAGCAGUCCGGUGCUUGGUUAAGUAUGAGUAUAGCACUCCAUUAUACUAUGUGCUCUGUGACUCCAAUGAGAAUAGUUUUGUACUUACAGUGUUUGGCAUACAGAAGGAAGCGAUUAAACAAGGAGAUCAGGUCACACUAUUGGAGCCCUUUUGCAAAUUUGUUGAUUUUGAAUGGGAGGGAAAGCACUAUCAAUUCAAAUCUGUGCGAGUUAAUCUUGUGGAACAGGUCCUUGUAAAUGGAAAUGCUCUAUCUCCUAGUUUUGCUAUACGUCAACCAUUACGAUUAUACGCAUAACCUUCUGUCAAUGUCUGUAAGAUACCAAUUACAUUAAUAAGUGGGAUUCUUCAUAUACUUAACUAGGCAAAAUACUCAAAUGUUUGUUUACUACAUGUGUCAACUUGAUAUGAGAUUAACUCUACUGCCUUAUAUUCAUCUUCAUUUGCAAAA